AAAGUAGUGGAGAGCGCUUAGCGCUAACUAAUAUCGAACAAGAAAAAAAACACACAUUUAAUUAUUUCUAAAGAAAAUAAACACAUUUUUGCAAAGAUAAAACCAAAUAUUUUUUGAUUGCAUUAAAUAUAAAUCAUAGCAAAAUGGGCCUUUUUGUUAGAGUAUCUAUAGUUGCGAUCUGUUUGGGAUUGGCAGCUUUAAUACAGAAUUAUCGUAUGUUGUCGCAACCAUUGCCGGCACCAAAGUUCGAUUUUCAAGAAUACUGGGGACCCGGCAAGGCAGCUGAUUAUAAAGAAAAUAAAGCUGUGACACCAUUCGAUAUUGCAACCAAUUCAGAGCUGAUUGAAGAUCUUAAAACACAACUUCAACGGCCAUUGAAAUUACAUGAUCCUUUGGAAGGUGUUGGCUUCGAAUAUGGUUUCAACUCAAAAUAUUUGCAAACUGUUGUGAAAUACUGGCGCGAUGACUAUUUGUCAAAAUGGUCGGAUCGUGAAAAUUUCUUGAAAAAAUUCCCUCAUUUCCAAACACAAAUGCAAGGCUUAAAACUUCACUUCAUCCAUGUCAAACCAAAGAAAACGGAAGGUAAAACAGUUUUACCAUUGAUACUGUUGCAUGGCUGGCCCGGUUCCGUGCGCGAAUUCUACGACAUCAUUCCAUUAUUGACUACACCCAACGAGAAGAGCGAAUAUGUGUUUGAAGUAGUAGCUCCAAGUUUGCCUGGUUACGGUUGGUCUCAGGGCGCCUCCAAGAAAAACUUUGGUCCUGCACAAAUGUCCAUAGUUUUGCGCAACUUAAUGUUGCGUUUGGGUCACGACAAAUUCAUUGUACAAGGUGGUGAUUGGGGAUCCAUUGUGGGUUCCAACAUGGCAGCUUUAUUCCCCGAAAAUGUUUUGGGCUAUCAUUCCAACAUGUGUGGAACAAUGGGACCCAUUGGCAUGCUUAAAAUGGUCCUUGCCAACUUUAUGCCCAGUCUCUUCUAUGAAAAACAAUACAGCGGCUUCUUCAAACCUUUGGGGGAUUUUUUUACAACUACCAUGGAAGAGAUGGGCUACAUGCAUUUGCAAGCCACAAAACCCGAUACAAUUGGCACAGCUUUAGCCCAUAACCCAGUUGGUUUGGCUGCAUACAUCCUUGAAAAAUUCUCCACCUGGACAAAUAGCGAAUACAAACACUUGCCAGAUGGUGGCAUUACUAAACGUUAUACUAUGGAUGCUUUACUCGAUAAUGUCAUGAUCUACUAUGUCACCGAUUCCAUUACGACUUCUCAACGUCUCUAUGCCGAACAAUUUAAUAAGGAACAAAUGGGCUUACAAAUGGAUCGAGUUGGUGUUAAGGUACCUACAGCCUGUGCUCGUUUCCUUCAUGAUUUAUGGCAUGCUACCGAUUGUCAGCUGAAGGAUAAAUUUUUGAAUUUAGUCCAAAGUACCUACCAUUUAGAAGGUGGCCACUUUGCUGCCAUGGAAGUGCCCAAAGUACUCUACAACGAUUUUGUUGAAUUUGUGAAGAAGGCAAAUUUGUAAAGCUGUUUUAUGUAUUUUUAAAAUUUAAUCACAAAAAAGUCUGUUUAAAAUAAGAAAUUGAAAACAUAUACGAAUAAGUAUGUAUGUAUAUUAACCUAAUUGAAUGUUAUAAUUUUAUAUUAACCUGGCGUAGGCAUUUUGUUUAUUGUACAUUUAAAUAUUGGUAUAACUGGAUAUAUAUAUAUAUUAUGUACGUAUGUUUAUUAGUUUUUUUUACAUUUUCUAAAUAAAGUUUUUUUUUUGUUUAAACUGUUAUAUGUUAUGAAA